AUGGAGAGAGGCAGAGGAGGAGGAGGAGGAAGGAGUGUGGGGGGCUCUGGCCUACACAGGAGCAUUUACUCCCAGUCCCAGCAGCAGUAUCAUUAUCCUGCCUCCUCUUCUCAGGCGGGCUGCAUGGAGAUCCAGGAGCUGGCCUCCAAAAGAGUGGACAUCCAAAAAAAGAGAUUUUAUCUGGAUGUGAAGCAGAGUUCCCGAGGCCGCUUCCUGAAGAUAGCAGAAGUCUGGAUAGGAAGAGGCAGGCAGGACAAUAUCAGGAAAAGCAAGCUGACUCUCUCCUUGUCUGUGGCUGCUGAGUUAAAGGAUUGUCUGGGAGACUUCAUAGAACACUAUGCCCAUUUGGGCCUGAAGGGCAGCCAAAGUCACCGGAACGAACACGCUAAUGGCAAAGAGCAAGAUUCAAGAAGGCGGCAGCAUCAUCAUCCGCCAUCACCUCCAGCAUCAGUUGGAUCUGAAGAGCAUCUUCAUAGUGUCUUAAAAACUGAGUAUAUUGAAAGAGACAAUAGGAAAUAUUACCUAGACCUCAAGGAGAAUCAACGUGGGCGUUUCUUAAGGAUUAGACAGACAUUGAUUAGAGGACCUGGCAUGAUAGGAUAUUUUGGUCACAGUUUGGGACAGGAACAGACUAUUGUUCUUCCAGCACAGGGAAUGAUUGAGUUCAGGGAUGCUUUGGUCCAGCUCAUUGAGGAAUAUGGUGAAGGAGACAUAGAAGAACGGAGAAGUGGAGGUGAUGAGCCUCCUGAACUUCCAGAGGGGACUUCCUUCAGGGUGGACAACAAGAGGUUCUACUUUGAUGUGGGGUCUAACAGGUAUGGUAUUUUUUUGAAGGUAAGUGAAGUGAGACCUCCAUACCGUAACACCAUCACUGUCCCAUACAAAGCAUGGACAAGAUUUGGGGAAAACUUUAUCAAGUAUGAAGAGGAGAUGAGGAGAAUUUACAAUGGCCAUAAAGAGAAAAGAAUGGAUGUCAGAGGGGACAGUGGUGAAGAACAAGAGGGUCUUGAUUAGAAUGCAUUUCAACAGGCCAAGCAGCAAAAUAGAAAACUGACUAGAGGUACUGAUAUAUAGCAGUUGGAAGAAGCUGCCUUUCUUUUUGUAAGUUCUUCCCUGUUGUUAGUGAGUAACUCCAAUAUAUAUGAUACUUCAAGGAUCUGGUAAUUAUGUGAAAUUAUACCCAGCAACAUCAUUCUGAUUCUUGCAAACAUAGUUAACCACCCAGGUUUAAAUGAUUCUGAUACAUAACCUCUACAAGACUAUGAAAUUAU